UUCUCACGCCAGAAAGAAAUUUCCAAGGCAAGCUUCCCUAAGGGAAAGAGAAAUGAGCACCAAGGGAAAAGUUAUUAAAUGCAAAGCAGCUGUUGUCUGGGAAGCAGGCAAGCCCUUCUCUAUUGAAGAAGUUGAAGUAGCUCCCCCCAAGGCUCAUGAAGUUCGAAUUCAGGUAAUCGCCACUUCCAUCUGCCACACUGAUGCCUUUAAUAUCGAUCCUAAUUUCAAGAAAGGUGUGUUUCCAGUGAUUGUUGGACAUGAGUGUGCAGGAAUUGUGGAAAGCAUUGGGCCAGGAGUGACCAACUUCAAACCAGGUGAUAAGGUAAUUCCUUUCUUUGCACCUCAGUGUAAAAAAUGCAAGUUCUGUCUGAGUCCACGUACAAACAUUUGUGGAAAACUGUGUGAUUUUAAAACUCCUACUGCUGAUCAAAAACUAAUGGAAGACAAAACCAGCAGGUUUACCUGCAAAGGAAAGCCAGUUUACCAUUUCCUGGGAGUCAGUUCAUUCUCUCAGUACACUGUGGUGUCUGAUGUCAACCUUGCCAAAAUACAUGAUGAUGCAAAUUUAGAGCGUGCAUGUCUGUUUGGAUGUGGUUUUUCAUCUGGCUAUGGUGCUGCAAUCAAUACUGCCAAGGUCACCCCUGGUUCUACGUGUGCUAUCUUUGGCCUAGGAAGUGUAGGUCUUUCUGCUGUAAUUGGCUGUAAAGUAGCAGGAGCUUCCAGAAUCAUCGUUACUGACAUCAACAAUGAGAAGUUUACUCGCGCCAAAGCCCUGGGAGCAACUGAUUGUCUAAAUCCUAGAGAGCUAGACAGACCCAUCCAGGAAGUCAUCAUUGAAAUGACCAAUGGCGGGGUGGACUUUGCCAUUGAGUGUAUAGGAGGAUAUCAACACAUGAGAGCAGCUCUGGACUCCACAUCAGUAGGUGGGGGAACCUGUACUUUGGUCGGAGUGAAGGCUGGUGACAAAGCACUGGACGUGUCUCCAGAGGAGCUAAUAAUGGGCCGUACUCUAAAUGCAACAUUCUUUGGAGGAUGGAAGAGUGUAGAUUCUGUACCAAAGUUGGUUAACGACUACAUGAAUAAGAAAUUCAAUCUGGAUCUAUUUGUGACCCACAACCUACCUUUUGACCAAGUCAAUGAGGCAUUCGACCUAAUGAACCAAGGAAAAAGCAUCCGAACAAUUCUGACCUUUUGAAGACCCCAGGAACAAUUUAGAAGAUAUGAUUGUCUGAUUAAUAUGAUAAAUCAAGGAAAGUAUGACUUGUAAGAAAUAGUCUC